GGCGCCCUAUUUCCUUUCCUCUUGCAGUAUAUGGAUAAGUGCGCGAGCUGUGAGAGAAAUUAAGUGUUCGACGCUCACUAACUUUUGUCACAAACACCGUUUAACUUUGACUAAAGGCGGGAAAUACACCAGCGCUUAACUUACUAGGUUAAGGUGGUGUUUUUGCUCCGUCUGGGUGUGUUUGAGUUGUAAACAGUGAAAAAGGAGUUGUGGGUGGGUUUGACGGUUAUGGCAGCACCGCGACCCAUUAAAGGCAUCCUGAAGAACAAAACCAGCACCAAAGCCCCACCCGCAGAACCAGCCCAGGACAUUUCAGAACAAGGAGUCCCUAGAAACCCUGAAGACGACCAACAGAAGAAAUCACAGAAAUGGGAUGAAAUGAACAUUUUGGCCACAUAUCAUCCAGCAGAUAAGGACUAUGGGUUAAUGAAGAUUGAUGAACCCAGCACACCAUACCACAGGAUGGUUAGCGAUGACGAGGACGAGGGGGCGCUCAGCGACUCGGAUGGGAAUACAGUACUUCCCGGAGAUGACCUCGCAAAGAAGCUGGCAGCAGCGGUGGAGGGCGCUGAAUCUCGCUUCAUGAGGGAACCAGAAGAGGAGAGCAGUGAGGAAGAGGAGGAAGAAUUGAGUCCAGAGGAGCAAGCCAGAAAGAAGCAGUUUCAGAUGAUGAGGAAGAUGCAUUAUAAUGAAGGUCUUAACAUCAAACUCGCCCGACAACUUAUCGCCAGUGAGCUAGAGGCGGAGGAGCAGGAGGAUAAGGAUGAAGAGAUGAAGGACGACACAGAGACAGAGGAUAUCACUUUUGACCCCCCACAAGAUGCUGAUUCCUUGGAUUCGUAAGGAUGUGAACAUUUGUCCUUCAACCCCUGCCUUGUGACAUUAACCUCUUAAAGGCACAGUGUACUCCCUGUGUACUCCACCAAUGCCGCAGUGUCACGCAUAUCAACCGGCUCCUUCAUUUGCCAAAUAUUUAUUGUCAGCAUACAUAGAAACAAGACUGUUAUCAGACAGUUACAGGCUGGACUCCACCCUCUUCAUGUGCCGAGAGAGCUGCCUGACAACUGCCACACCACUGAGACGAACGCUCGUGCCCAAACGCUGCCGUUUUCAUCAGCUGAUCUCUUGGUUUGACCGUUGACUUCCAAAAUGAACCAUAUUGUUUCUCUUAUUUCCAAAUACAAAUGUCCAUUUAUUUUAGUUUAAUUGAAGGGAAAGCUCACCCAAAAUUGAUUGUGAAUUGAACAAAUGGGUGUUUUAGCAUGCACUGGCUCUACAUUAAUGCAGAAAUUUGAGAUUGAAAUGAAGGGGAAUGACGUGGCCUUGGGCUUUUUAUUGUGACAAGCACAUAUAGCCUGUGUUAAACUGCUCAGAUGAGCUCUACUGUAUGCAUGGCUUCUGAAAACCAUGUUUCAUUACAUUGGCACUAAUUGUAUCUCUGCCCUGUGUAUGAAUUAACAGGUGAGUAUUACUUAAUUAACUGUAAAACUACUGAUGAAUAGACUGAACCCUUUGGUUGUCUCGAGUGCUUUUUUUUUUUUUUGUGGGGGGGGGGGAUCUUUAUUUGAAUUUGAAUUUUUUAUUUUUAUUUUUUUUUUUUUUUAAACACAUGGGAUUUUUUUUUUUUUUUUUUUUUUUUUUUGUGAUAAUUAAAGACUAUAAUUGUCUCUCCCACAAUACUGAAUUAAAAAUGAAUUAAAUUAUUUUUCCCAAUUCCACUGCUAAAAUGAAAUUAUCAUUAGUUAUUCUGAUGUUUUAUCACUUUAUAAUCAUGAAUGUAUUCACUUCUUACCAAUAGCAUUUCCUUCCAAAUAAGAAAUAUGUUGCAUAGAGAAAAUUAAGUAUAUAUAUGUAUAAAAUUGUGACAACUUUCAGGACAGUUAAGCACAUUUUCCUCAAUUCUAUACUGUAUGCAAAAAAACAAAAAAAAAAGAAUGAAAAAAAUCUCUAUUUAAAAACUAUUUUGUGUAAAUUGUAAAGUAUUUUUAUAUCAUGGUAGUAUUUCUUGCAUUGCCUUUAAUACACAGUGUGAUGGUGUGAUUAAAAAAAACAUAUAUUAUUACACCAAUUUUUACUAGAAAUAUGUGGAGGAAUUACUGUAAUAAGAAUUUGGGUAGCACUUAAUUUUACAGUACUGUUCUAUAUUUAUGUCCUACAUAAUUACAACAACUACAGGAAUUACCUAACCCCAACCCUAACCUUAACUCAUAUUAAGUACAUGUAGUAACGUAAUAUUACUCAGUACUUUCAUGGGUAAAUUCACUGUAAGUGCACGUACUGUAAAAUAAAGUGCAAUCAAAAUUUGUCAUAAAAAUAAAGUUACAAUGAAACAAAUCUUAUUGGUCCUAAAAAUAGGCUUAAUUUUCUUUAUGCAAAAUAUAAUUUCUUCUUCAUGUGAUGGUGUGAAAUAUGGACAGUUCUGUGAGAUUCGCCCAUAUAACGUGAUUGCUUUUUGAAAAAGUUGCAUUGCCUUUCAUUUAUAUUUUCAUUUUUAUUAUAAUAAAAAAAAGAAACAAAAAAAAAUGUGUAUUACGGUAAUAAGAAUUCUAACGGUAAAAUCAAAAAUGUCUUUAGGUAUUACGGUAUUGAGAAUUUUGGGGGAAAUGUGCUUAAUUGUCAUGAAAAUAAUGUCACAAAUAUAAUUUCUUCUUAAUUUGAUUUUGUGGUGAAAUAACACAAGGAUUGCUUUUUAAAACAGUGUUUCAGUUUGAAUAUAUUUUUAAGACCCUUCUCUGGCUGAUGAGUUUGUCCGCAACAUGAAAUGGCACAAUCAUUCAUUUGAAAUCUCAAAGUGUCUUUUUGACUGAGUCUUUUUGUUCCCAUUGGUAUGAAAUAAAUGACCAAGUCCUUGACUGAAGAUGUUAGACAGAUGUGUUGAAUUCUCCUUACAGUCUCGAAGGGUUGUAUAUUGUUAAUAUCUGAUGGUGUGUUGUACACUGGUGGAAUGGAGAUGAAAUGUAAAUUCAGUGUUAUGGCAAGAAUGGCAGGUGUCUGUAAUAUCCCAUCGGUCAUUGACAUGGUCUGCACAGCACUGCGCUUGUACUGUCAAGUUAAAUAUAUUUGUACAUUAAACACGAAUGAUAAAUGCUUAAACAAGUGCUUUGAUUAUAUGAUUAUGUUGACCUUACAUUUUUCUUUGUGUCAAUUUAGGUAAUUUGGUGACUUCUUUGUGUCCAUUAUUUUAACCUCGAGAUGUGUGUUGUUUUUGUGCAGAUUUGGCAACCAUUAAAAUAUUGAUAUAAA